AUGCAGUUGCCAAAAAAGAUCUUGGAUAGUGAGACAUCGCAUUUAAAGACCCUGCAUCCACAAACCACUUCCGAUGAGUCAAAGCCUGGUGUAUGGCGUCUUGAUUUGUUAAAAGCGAAAAGAAUUAUUUUGGAAAAACAAGAAAAUAUAUCGAUUGAGCAUAAUAACUCACGUUUAAUAAAAAGAAAACGAAUUUAUAUGAAAGAAAGGUUUCACUAUCCCGCUACAUUAAAAGAUCACUACAACACAGAUAAUAGCGAAAAUUUGUUAAUAAAAAACAUAUGCCUCGACCGAGAAAUAAAAAUUACUCAAAUUAAUUUAAAAAAUUUGUCAGAUAAUAUUAAUUUCCAAAUGAAGAAACUGAAACGAUGUUGUGCUUUAGAAUCAACUGAAACUGUUUCACAGAAUAAUCAACAUAUAUCAAAUUAUGUUGCUUGGAAUCAAAACUUACGACAUAAAGAAAAUAAAAGUAAUGGUAACAAAAAGCAAUUAAUAUAUAAUUUUCGGCCACGGAAAUUCACUAGAAAAUCAAAUGAAUUUAUUUCGAAAAAUAGAAUAAAAUAUUAUGCAAAGAAAACAGUAAGAGCGACAAUUACAGGAUUGAUUGAUUCUAAUAAUAUUGAUCAUACAUGUUUAAUGGAUAACCGUAAUAAGUAUUAUUCUGGUAGACGCCAUAUAUUAUGCUCUAAUUUUGGAAAAUACGAUGAUCUUGCUAUUCAGCAAACAUGUCAAAAUAAUUGUGCUCUAUUGCCAUCUAUUCAAUCUAAGGCUGCUGUAUGUGAGGAACGACCACUAUCGAAUGAAAGCGAAAAUUGCACAAAAGAGUCAUGCAAUCAACUGAUACCUAAAAUUUGUAAGAGUGGUGUUAUUUUUGGAAACUGUGCCCAAUGUAGUUUUCAUAGAAAAUCUUGCAACAAAAAAUGCUGUAAUAUUACCCAUGAACCUAUGUAUUCAUCUGGUAAAAAUAAAUCCUUUUCGCCACUUUUUUGUAAUAUGAAAAAUAACUUCAAAAAAAGAUUUGGUACUUUACAUACAGCAACAUGUAAGCUACCUAUUUCACCUGUGUGGAAAGCUAUAGAUAAUAAUUAUUAUUUUGGCCAAACUUAUAACAACACAAAAUAUAAAAAUAAACUUUCAAAUAAAAAUGGAAAAGAAUGUAAAACAAAAUUAAAAAAUUGGAAGCAAUGUAAGAAUGCUAACGAAACACAAAAUUUAUACAAAAAUCCUCUUGCAAGUUUUUUAAAUUCCGUAGAUCCUUCAAGUAAACUACAUACUGCGACAUAUAAAAGAAUUCGUGAUAAUAAUGAUGCGCAAUACAAAAAAAAUAUAGUACCGCGAUCAAAUCCCAAAUCUGAUAAACAUAGAAUAUUUAACGGUACAAAUAAACCAUUUCUGUUAAAAAAAAAUUUAAAACAAAAUGGUCCAAACGAUUUAAAAAAAGCGCGGGUUUCAAAAACUAAUGGUAUGAAAACUAUGCAUGAAACAAAAAAAUCGCAGGUCAAACUAUUAAAUGACAUAGAGCAAUUAAAUGGCAUUGAAGCAUCAUUAGAAGUUCCAAAAACAAAUUAUAAGAAAACUUUAGGUGAACACCGAAAUAUUGGAAAUACUGAAAUUUAUGAUAAUAUCUCAAAAAAACCACUAUUAUUAGAUUCAAAAGUAAUUAAUAGUAGUGGUAACGCCGAGAAAAGCUUGAUACAGCCAAAUAGUUCAAUACCUAGUUUGGACACCGACAAUAAACAUAGCAUUAAAACAUUAUUAGAAGUUCCAAAAACAAAUUAUAAGAAAACUUCAGGUACACAUCGAAAUAUUGGAAAUACUGAGAUUCCUGAUAAUAUCUCAAAAAAACCACCUUUACUAAAUUCAAAAGUAAUUAAAAGCAGUAGUAACGCCGAGGAAAGCUUGAUACAACCAAACAGUUUAAAACGUACUUUGGAUACCAACAAUAAACAUGAGAAAAUAAUGACAGAUACCGAAUUAAUUAAUUCACAAUUUAUCCCGCCAAAAGUCAAAGUAGAACCAUAUGCUUCAAGUGGGAAGAUUUUUGAUUCUGAAUCACAACCAGUACCCGAAAAAUCAACGUCACCAAUUGUUGAUAGUAAAUUGAACACUUUUAUAACGAAUGACCCUAACAUAAAAUCCUCAUUCGAUCAGAAAAAAAGAGAGUUAAGUUCGUCUUUAGGCAAAGAAAAUAGCAGAGAAUCUGAGCAUAAAAGACUGAAUUCUUUAUCGAGUAAAACUUCUUACAAAUCGUUACAUGAUGUCUUAAAAUCUGAAACAAAUAUGAAAGAAAAAAGGAUUGAAGUCGAUCACACCAUAAACAAUGUAUUUAUAGAUCACAGUAAAUCAAAUGAUUCGUUACUUACAUCCAGUGCUUCCAUGGUAUCUGCACAUGAUGAACGAAAUGAAAUUAUGAAUUCUUAUUUAAAAACAAAAAAUAAGAGUGCGUCUGAGUUUCCUGUCUCAAAUAAAUCUGAAAUUAAUAUAAAUAUAGACACACUUAAAAAUGAUAACAAGAAAUCAAAUAUUUCUAUAGCUUCGUCUAACGCUGCAAAAAAAUUUCCAUUUGAUCAACAAAACGAGAUUUUAAAUUUCUACUCACCGAAUGAAAUUAAACAUGAGUCUAGCUACAAGGACCUGUAUCCAAAAUUAAGUGAAAUUAUUCGCAAUUCAUUGCAUGAUGUUUUAGGAACUGAGAUAAUGAAUGAUUUGCAACCAAACCAUAAUGCUUUUGAACACGUGAUAGGUUCAAACAUAUUCAAUGAUCUUGAUUUCAACUCUAAAAGUACACCAGAAGAAAAUUUAAUUUUAAAUUCCCAACAAUCAAUAGAACAUGGUCAGCCGACAGACCUGAAAAAAGAAGUAAUAUCUAGUGUACUGAAAACAAAUUCAUUUGAUCAAAAUCGUCCUAUAAGCUUAAACCGAGAGAAUAACAAUAAUAAAAAUAACGAUAGUGAAAUUAGUCAAGAAAAUUUAUCCGCAGAAGAACAUGCAAUAGUUACGAACUUAUCCAAUAAUUCUAAUUAUGACUCUUUAAGUCCAUCAGGAGAUUUAAUUUUGAGUUCUCAACAAUCGAUAGAACACCGUCAGGCAAUCGAUCUUGAAAAGCAAGUGAUGUCUAAUGUAUUGAAAACAAAUUCAUUUGGUCAAAAUCGUCCUAUAAGCUUAAACCGAGAGAAUAACAAUAAUAAAAAUAACGAUAGUGAAAUUAGUCAAGAAAAUUUAUCCCCAGAAGAACAUGCAAUAGUUACGAACUUAUCCAAUAAUUCUAAUUAUGACUCUUUAAGUCCAUCAGGAGAUUUAAUUUUGAGUUCUCAACAAUCGAUAGAACACCGUCAGGCAAUCGAUCUUGAAAAGCAAGUGAUGUCUAGUGUAUUGAAAACAAAUUCAUCUGCCCAAAAUCGUUUACUAAGCUCAAACCAAAAUAAAGUUAACAACUAUACAAAAAGUGAUAGUAGUUUAUUGGAAAAUAUGUCCAAAGCAAGCAUUUCUUUUACAAUAUCGCCAGAUAAAAACAAAAACACUGAAUUAAUUUUAAAUGGAAAUUCAGAAAUUUAUAAAAUGGGAAAACUAAAUAGUGAACAUUUCUCCACCCACGAUAUUAACCAGAAGCUCCCAACCUUACGUAGUUCCAGAAAGAGCUUACCAAAAAACAAUUUAGUGCUACAAAAAUCCAAAACAUCUGAUUACAAUGAAAAUUAUGUAACAGAACUUAAAAAACUUUUUUCUAAUCCGAUACAUACACUUCAGAGAUCAAAGACAAAAGGUCAGAAUCAUAUCAAAACUUCAGAAAAAAUUGAUUUAGACAAUAAUUCUCGUCAUAGUAGCAGCUAUGCAUAUUAUAAAUACAAACCAGAUCUUAAACAAAGGUCACAGCAAACAAAAAAUGUGAAACAACCCACACAAAAAAUUAAAGAUCUAAAAUACCAGCGCAGUUCGCAACAGUAUAGUAUCACCAAGUACAAUAUGCCUAUAAAAAAUAUUUGCCAGAAUUAUUGUCGGCAUACUGUAAAAAGAAAAUCAAUGUUAGAAUUUGUUUGCGACGUAGCACCUUGUGGACAAUGUGUUCCUUUGUUUUACGGCUGUCCUUGUAUGAAUGACGUUUAUAGAAGUAUAGCUAUGUUGUGCUUUAAAGAAUAUAUGUGGAUGCGGAAAAGCAAUGACUAAACAUGUGUUAAUUAGAAUUAAUUAAUU